AGAUAGUAAAGACAAAGAUGAGGAAUUAUUUAUACAUCUUGAUAGUGGAAAGUUUGUUCCCUCCUUCCAGCGACAGUACCUCAUCUUGUCACAUUGUAAUCUCGAUGCGAACCCCCUCACAACACCGGCUUUACUUGCUUCCCAAUAUAGGUUACAAGUUCUUGAUCUUUCCCACAGUAACUUGAGAGGAAAUUUUCCCGAAUGGUUGUUCAAAAAUCUAACCAGACUAGAAGUUCUGAACUUGAGAAAUAACUCAAUAAUGGGUGCAUUUCAAUUGCCAAAGCAUCCGAAUAUGAGCAUAUAUGCACUUGAUCUCUCCAUGAAUCUCCUCAGUGAACCAAUUCCUACAGACAUCAGCACAAUAUUUCCACAUAUGGCGAGCCUGAAUAUGUCCUCAAAUUAUCUAAUGGGAAAUAUCCCUUCAUCACUGGGUAACAUGAGUGAUCUGUCACACUUGGAUUUGUCCAAUAAUUUCUUAUCCGGUGAAGUACCAAAUCGCCUGAUGAUUGAUUGCACUAAAUUGUACGCCUUGAAGAUUUCCAACAACAACUUGCAUGGAAAGAUGUUUGGUACAAAUUAUGGUCAUGCUUCGCUUUCAUGUAUUUCUCUAGAUGGAAACAAAUUUACUGGAACUUUGCCGAGCAAUCUGUCAGAGUAUCAAAAAUUAUUUAUAUUGGAUGUCCACAAUAACCAGUUACCGGGUAUAAUUCCAGAGAAUAUUGGAAAUGUUUACAAUCUAAGUUACCUCAGCCUUGAAGGAAACCAUUUCCAUGGCCCAAUACCGGAUCAUUUAUGUAAUCUAACAAUGCUUCAAGUGUUAGACUUAUCCCACAAUAACCUAUCCGGGUCAUUACCGCAUUGCUUCCAAUCAUCCGAACUAGUGUACGUCAAGUUUGCUGGGAAUGCUUUAACAGGCACAAUUCCAAAUAGUUAUCUCAAUGUGUCACACUUUGUAGCAUUGGAUGUCAGUAAUAACCAGCUUUCAGGUAAACUGCCAACACCAAUUGGAGACGAAAUAUCUUUGGAGAUUCUUGUUCUCAGUGAAAAUUCUCUUGAAGGCCCGAUACCAAUUGAGUUAUGUAAACUGCAGUCUUUACACAUUUUAGAUCUUUUGCAAAACCAUCUUUCAGGAUCGAUACCCUCUUGUAUUGGCAAAAUGCACUUCAGAAAACCUAAUUCAGCACAUACAGGUUCAUUUUACCUCAGGUCGUUGGGGUAUCCUGGUCCUUCGGAAGUCAAUACAGGUGUGGAGGUUUACACAAAUGAGAUAAUUAUUGUUGACCUCAUCAGUAAAGGCAACUUAUAUGCCUACAGAAUAGUUCAUUUACUUUUGAUGUCUGCAAUUGAUUUGUCAACAAACAAGUUGACAGGAAAC